AUGAUCAGUAGAGCAAAUACAACAAAUACAGCUAAUACAAGUGAAAUCUAUGAAUAUGUUGUCAGUUUCAAUCUUAUCCCACAAAGCGAGGAUUGUGCUAACAAUCGUACGACUGUUAAUGUAACUCUUCGCGAAAAUCCGUUCCGCAAUAGAUCGAUGGCGUUUUCUCUCGGAAGGAAUUUGACUAGAAAUUUGUGGGAGAGCCAUGCUUUCUUCUUGGCUAAAUUGGGAGUCAACGAUUCUGUCGAUAUUCAAAUCUCAAGUGUUAAAGCUAAAAAUACAAAAGAUGGUAACAAUGUCACAUGUUGGCCUGUGGUGGAUGCAUUUAAUGUCAAAACGAAUCCGUCGUGGAGGCGGUAUAUGGACAACGCACUAGCAAAUGGAAAUUUUGAGGUUGGACCGGGUUUUAUGAAGAACUCGUCAGAGGGAAUUCUUCUAGACGAAGAACGAGAUAGAUGGUCUCCACUCCAAGAAUGGGCUAUAUACGGAAUUGUAAAAUACAUAGACUCAAAAAACUACAAAGUCCCUCAAGGCAAUGCAGCUAUCGAACUAUUAUCCGGGAAUUCGGGGGUCCACAAGAACUUGUACAUAGAACCGAAGUACACAUACACUUUGAACUUCACAAUGGGAGAUGCAAACAAUUCAUGUGUAGGAAAUUUUACGGUGUACGUGCAAGUAGGGAAUAACACACACAACUUCAUGAUGACAAGCAACGGAACUGGAUCGGCUUUCGAGCGCUCCUUAACAUUCAAAUCUCGAUUUCCAUCGUUAACAACUAUUCCUAUAGGCUUGUACAGUUUCAACGAGACAAGAACGGGUACCGGAGUGCUGUGUGGGCCCGUUAUCGACAACGUAAUUAUUCGUCGAGACUCUGAUGAAAGGAACUCUGAUGGAAGGAAGAUAGGUUCUCAUGGGAUUUUGAUUUUAGCAUGUUUACUGAUUUGGGCAUGCUUAUAA